GAGCGUUUGUGGUUACAGUUUCUAUUUCUACACUGGCAAGUUCUGACUGUUUUGUUUUUGUUUUAUUUUUUACCUUGUGAAAAGAAUUAUGCCUCCACCUAAAAGUUCACUAAUCCUAAACUCUGACCUGCGGCAUCUGCUUAAGACCCUCUCCUUGAUUUGCUGACCACCGAGGACGGAUUCAGAGCACGAAAAAGCGUCAGGCACAGAAAAUCAGCGUGGCUGGGAAGCUCCAGGGGCAGGAGGAGGCCGGGCCAGCGGCGGAGACGCGGAUUCGGAGCAGGGAGGAGCCAGGAGCAGAGGGAGCAGCGCUCGGCCGCGGUCGGGGCGCUGGGCACGGCGGCGUGCGGAUGCGGAGAGAUAAAUGAGCAGUCAGAGGCAGGACGCGGUUCCAGCCCAGCGCCAGGAGCAGCCCCUGCCCAGGGAGCUGCGCUCGGGCACCGCUGGAGCCGGGAGCAGGAGCCCGGCGGCUCCAGCCCCGCGGCAGCGCUGAGCACCGCUGGGCACAGCUGGGCACAGCUGGGCACAGCUGCUGGAGCCGCCGCCGCUGGAUCCUGCUGCUGCUGCUGCUGCUGCCGGCUCCUGCCGCAGCCAUGGAGCCCAAUGGCACAUUCCUCGCCUGCAACAGCCUCAAGGAUGACAAGGACCUGAAGUUCCUCCUGAAGGGCAGCCACCUGCUGAAAGUGAAGUCAAGCUCCUGGAGAAAGGAGCGGUUCUAUAAGCUCCAGGAGGACUGCAAGACCAUAUGGCAGGAGUCAAAGAAGGUGCUGAGAUCCCCAGAGUCACAGAUCUUCUCCAUUGAAGAUAUCCGGGAUGUGAGGUCAGGCCAUAAAACAGAAGGGAUGGAAAAAUACGCCAAGGAUGUCCCGGAGUAUCGCUGCUUUUCCAUCAUCUUCAAAGACCAGAGGAAAAACCUGGACCUCAUUGCGAGCUCAGAGGAUGAUGCCAACCACUGGAUCACUGGCCUUGGGAAAAUCAUAGCCCACAGCAACUCCAUGAACCAGAAACAGAAACUCCAACACUGGAUUCACACCUGCCUAAGGAAAGCUGACAAAAACAAAGACAACAAGAUGAGCCUGAAAGAGCUCAAAGACUUCCUGAAAGAAGUGAACAUUGAAGUCGAUGACUACCAUGCCAAGAAGAUUUUCCAGCACUGUGACAAGUCCAAAACAGAGGCUCUGGAGGAUGAUGAGAUAGAGGAAUUUUACAAGAUACUGACAGAGAGGAAGGAAAUAGACAGCAUCUUCCAAGUGUACUCGGACCCUGAAGGGUUCAUGUCCUGCCAGAACCUGGUGAGGUUUCUCUAUGAGAUCCAGCAGGAAGAAGAUGCUGUUGUUGCUGCCCCUGCCUUAAUUCAGAGAUAUGAGCCAAAUGAAAGAGCCAAGAGGGGCAAUGCCAUGACCAAGGAUGGUUUCCUGAUGUACCUGCUGUCAGAUGAGGGGAACAUCUUCAACCCCUCCCACCGGAGAGUUUACCAGGACAUGAGCCAGCCUCUCAGCCACUACCUGGUGUCAUCCUCACACAACACCUAUCUGAUGGAAGACCAGAUCACAGGGCCAAGCAGCACAGAGGCCUAUAUCAGAGCCCUGACCAAAGGCUGUCGCUGUGUGGAGCUGGAUUGCUGGGAUGGCCCCAACUCAGAGCCCGUCAUUUAUCACGGCUACACUCUCACCUCCAAGAUCCUCUUCAGUGAUGUCAUUAAGGCCAUCAAGAACUAUGCAUUCAAAACCUCACCUUACCCUGUCAUCCUCUCCCUGGAGAACCACUGCAGCGUGGAGCAGCAGAAGGUCAUGGCCCAGCACAUGACCACCAUCCUGCAGGACAUGCUCUUGGUUGCCCCAGUGGAUGGAAACAAAUCCCAGUUCCCCUCCCCAGAGCAAUUGAAAGGGAAGAUCCUGGUGAAAGGCAAGAAGCUGAGCAGGCAGGAGGACCCCAUCAAUGGCAACAACAACCUGGAGGCUGAGGAUGUCUCUGAUGAAGAUGAAGCAGCUGAAAUUGAAGAUGAAUCUGUGAAGACCAAGGUGGAGCAGAAGGGGAAGAGUGACACCUUGAAGCUGGCCAAGGAGCUGUCAGACAUAGUUGUUUACUGCAAGAGUGUCCACUUUGAAGGCUUUGAUGACCCCAACCAUCCUCGGGCUUUCUAUGAGAUGUCAUCGUUCUCGGAGAGCAAAGCUCUGAAACUGGCCCAGGAGUCUGGAACCAGUUUUAUCCAUCACAACAUCAGGCACCUGAGCCGGAUCUACCCUGCAGGCUGGAGGACAGAUUCUUCCAACUACAGCCCCGUGGACUUGUGGAAUGUUGGCUGCCAGAUUGUUGCCCUAAAUUUCCAGACAGCAGGCACAGAAAUGGAUGUGUACCAGGGUCGGUUCCAGGACAAUGGGUUUUCUGGGUAUGUCUUAAAGCCAGAAUUCCUCCGGGAUGAACAAACCAAAUUCAACCCAAAAUCCAUCACAGAAGGAACAUGGGGGACAAAGAAGAAGCUCCUGCUUAAAAUAAUCUCUGGUCAGCAGCUGCCAAAGGUGAACAAGAGCAAGAACUCCAUUGUGGAUCCCAAGGUGACAAUAGAGAUCCAUGGAGUCCAGCAGGACAACAACAAGAAGCAGACCAAAGUCGUCGAGAACAAUGGCUUCAACCCAAACUGGAAUGAAGAGUUUACAUUUGACAUAGAGGUCCCUGCACUUGCCCUGGUCCGGUUUGUGGUGGAAGACUUUGACAUGUCGACCAAGAAUGACUUCAUUGGGCAGUACACCCUUCCCUUCACGAGUCUGAAGCAAGGUUAUCGCCACAUCCACCUCCUGACCAAGAAUGGAGACCCCUACUCCUCCUCCACCCUCUUUGUCUACGUCAGUAUCCAGGACAGUGAUUAGCAGCUGCUCCUCCAGGCCACAGUGAGACUCCCUGCAGAGCUGGAAGGAAUUCAGAGUGUGAGCAGUGCCAGGGUCAGUCCCCAGCACCUUCCCUGGAGCAGCACCCGAUGUGAGACAGCCAUGCACCUCCUCCUGCUGCCUGCUGGAACCAUCCUAAUGCUGCUCUUGAGAUUUUGUACCUGUUCUACCAAUCCAGCUGUGGUUUUAGUUCACUUUAUUUUGAUUUUUUUAUUAUUAAUGUUGCUUUUAGUGAGAGGAUAGGGACUCCUUUUUUAGUGAAGCACAGCUCUUGGGUUGGGCUCGGUCAGGCAUCUGGGCAAAGCACCCAACAUGUGUGCAAGGAAAAGUCUCCCUCAGCACUGCAAUCAGUGGCCAGGUGCCAGGUGACUCCUUGCAGCUGCAGGUGUCAGCCAUCCUUCAGCAUGUGGAGUCCAGAAUGGGGCCACCAUUCCCCUCCUUUCUGUUACAGAUUAAAGAAGAAAGCUGCACUACAAAGCCCCGUCUUAUGUAACCCGAGUUUCCUUUUGUGUUGUAAUAAAAAAUACAUGAGCACUACUCUGCCUGUGUGCCUGGCUCUCAGCCAGCCCACUUUGCAUUCAAAGCCAGCCUCUCAUCCUGUGAAGGAGAAAGAAGCUGCUGAACAGCAGAUUUCCCUCUGACCCAAAGUGAAACCCACUCAAAGGGACCUCAGAGAAGGUCUUUUGCCAAAGACAGUGAAAACAUGCUCAACAACUGCCAGCAGGGCUUUUUUUUUUGUUUUGUUUUUUUAAUACAGUAGAACUUUGUGUUUUUACAGAAAAAUGUCAUUUUUUUAACAGAGAGGGAGUAAAUGUUGUAAGUCCUAGCAGGUCCCAGUUGCACUGUAGAGGUAACCCAGCACGAGAGUGUUUUGAGAACAGCACAGUAUUUAUGGCAACGAGUGAUUUGUCUUCAAGUAGAACUACAGAGUUAAGGGAAUGUUGUUGAAAUAAAAUAAUAUAUAUUUUGAAGUGCCAACUCUGUUACUAACAGUAUGUUAGACAAUUAAAAGUUUUAAAAAAAUUCUGGAAGGAUUCAA